AUGAGAUUCUCAGCUCUCCUCCUCCUGGCAGCUCUGGCUGGGGCCCUGGUCUGUGCCCAAGAUGCCUCCUCUGAUCCCACCGAGGCUACUCCGGGGACUGUGGCCACUGAACCUGAAGUGACUACAUCUCCAGCGGAAACUGUUUCACCCCAAGAGACAUCCCAGGAGCCAAACAGCGCCACCACAAGUAAAGGACUAAACCCACUGAAAUUCCUGGUGAGCAAAGGUAGCUUGGUAGCAGAACAUGGCUUUCAAGAAGCAAGAAAAAAACUGCGUGAAGGAAAACUUCAUGAACGUGGAGUUGAAUUAGCAGAAAAACUGAAGAAACUCGCUUCCAGUUCCUUUGCUCUAAGUUGA